AUGACUAGUCAUGAUGAGGAAACCUUUACUGGGAAUUCAGUUUUUUGGAGCUACAGCGUGAUCAUGUUCCUCAUUCUUUUAUUCGGUUUCUUUGGUAAUCUGUUCACCAUAAUAGUCCUUCGACACCGGGAACACCGCAAGAAAAGCAUCACUCCAUUAAUGAUGAACCUGGCCGUAGCAGAUCUCAUGAUUGUCGUGUUUGGCUACCCAGCAGUCAUCAGCAAUAACAUGCAAGGUCAAAUGAUGCGUACGGGAGGACCUCUUUGUAUUUGGUCCGGGUUUAUCAACGGUAUAACGGGAAUUACAUCCAUCGGUACUCUAACAGCAAUGAGCGGUGUAGUGUAUCAAACUAUCAAGAGAAACAACCCAAGUUACUCCAUUCCUAACAGACAAAACUUAGUCCUCAUCAUGGGCGCAUGGCUGUAUGGAUUUGUCGCCUUGCUUCCUCCUUUGAUAGGAUGGAAUCGGUUUGUGCCCGGUAAGGCCGGUCUUAGCUGUGCACCUGAUUGGACGACUCAGGACCUUGUGAGCACUGUGUAUAUCGUUCUGUUAGUCGCCGGUGGUUUCUUUAUACCGUUUAUAAUGAUAACAACGUUCCUUACCAUGACUCACAGGUAAGUAAUAAAGAAAACGAAGAACUGACGUGGUGAACUUCUGUUCUGAACGUAAUCCAAUCUAAUCAUUUUAAUUUGUUCAGUGCUGUAAUAAACUUUAACCAAAAAUAAAUUCGAUGAAAUUUCGAUGACAUUUUCUUUUUUGCUGGCACUUUUUUAACAUCAUAUUUUAUAAAUGCGCACGCUUCAUUUUUCCCGUUCAGUUCGCGGUUGGUUUAAGUUUUGAACGAUAUAUCUGUUUACCGCCAUUAACUUUCAUAAGGGGAAUGGGUAAUGAAAUGCACAUGAGCCAUCAAUCGAGAUAAAACGACCUGAGCCUCAUGAUCAGUAUAAGAUGGAGUGUCUGAAGUGUAUGGUUUUUCAAAUGGUUUUUUAAGCAGUUUUUAUAUGUACUUUUAACCGAUCCAGAUGAAAUGGGAAAAUUUUGGCAUUUAUGUUUUCUAUGCCUGCAAAUGUUAUAUUUGCCUCUAUUGGCCCAUAGGAUUACUUUAGUUUUUGGCCUUUGAAGCAUUUUUUAAUCGAAAACCACUCUACGGUGUUUAGGGAGGAAAUAACGUCAAAACUUAUUAUAGCAAAACUAAGAUACUGCGGGGACCCUGAUUGAUCAAAAACUUAUCGUUUAUUGCACAGGAAAACCCAUAAAAAAUUGAAACGUGCUGUGUUUUGUUGUAAGUUUAUACUGUAAAAAGCAAUAGACCACAUUUUCUGUAAGUUUGUAGCGGUAAUUAAUCAUAAAAACUACAAUUUCCGUGAAAAGAAGAAAAAAUUAUCCAUCUUGAAGAAAGCCCUUAUUAAGGAGUCUGUGAUGAUUAAAACCAAGGUUGUGAUUAGAUGAUUUGAACUGCAACUUUGAAUGUGAUUGGUUGAUUUAAACUACAAAAACAACUUGGCAAGUGAAUUAGUGGAAAAUAGGAGUUUUUUAAACCAAUUAAAAUUGAGGAAAUUGUAAUUUUUAUUAUUAAACGGCAUAAUAACCCACGAGGGAAGUUGGGAGAACACGACAAAAGUUUGUAAAUCACGCGCCGGAUUCAAGUGUUCUCUCAACAUUCUUAAUGGAUAAAUACUCCGGUAAGCUGAUAGAAAGUGCGUUCUUUUGCUUAAUUGAUUGACUUUCAUUAAUAUACCCGGGCUGUGAAUGAUAUGCAACAAAAAUUUGUUACUACAGAUUGCUUAGACGCUUUCCUGUGCCCUUGGAUCCUUUCAUCCUCGCACAACGCAGAAGAUACCAACAAAGAACAGUGUUAAUGAUUAUAGCAACCAUGGUGGCCUUCUUAUUGAGCUGGUCACCGUAUUGCAUCGUUAGCUUCACGGCAACUAUCAAAGGACACCAUGUACUCACAUCAGGUGAGGCAGAAAUCCCUGAACUCAUGGCUAAGGCCUCUGUUGUCUACAAUCCAAUCGUUUAUAUCAUUAUGAAUGAAAGAUUUCGGCGGACACUCGUGCGAAUUAUCAUCGGUAACAACAGGCCGAGAGUGGCUCCGGAUGAAGCAACAGAUCAUAACUUUAUCAUCUCAGCGCCAAGAAACUUUGGGAGAGAAAAUAAUCUGGUUAUUACAACCACAGCAGAGAUAUGA